UUCCAGUCUCACAGUGUAUUAUAUUCAAUGUUGCGGACGCUGACUAUUAACCUUAUAAAAUGCCGGCGCACCAAUUACGCUGAAUCAUUUAUUAGUAAAUAUUGUUCACACUCUUCAGGAACAAUUCAGACUGGUCACACGACCCUGACGAAAGUAGUUAAUGCAAUGGCAGUAGACAAAUCCAAUUUUCUUCUGCCAAACAAUCAAAGAUUUGUUGAAUUGGAUAGUGAGCAAGCCUUCAACAAUUUGACCACGCAAGAAAAGCUGUAUGCACAUUACUUAAGCCAGGCUGCUUGGAAUGGAGGACUUAUUGUUCUCGUGCAGACUAGUCCGGAGUCACCGAGGAUCUUCUCAUUACUGCAUAGGAUCUUCCUCGGUGAACCGCUUGAAGAUCUCAAGAAGUCCACCUUGGCAGUUGGGGUCAAUGAAGAUGAUUUCCAGGCUUUCUUAGUGUAUGCUGGUGCUCUGCUCGCGAACAGCGGCAACUAUAAGGGCAUGGGAGAUACUAAAUUCAUUCCAAAUCUAUCAAAGGAAUCAUUCGAAUUGAUUGUAAAGGCAUCUAAGGCAUAUCAGAAUGACACUGUCCAUAUUAGCAAGCUGUGGCAGAAUACUAAAGAAGCCAUGUACAGUCUUGCUCCUAGGCUCACUAGCCUUGGAUUGGCUGAUAAGGGUGUGACAACAUAUUUCUCAAGCAACUGCACUGAAGCCGACUCUAACUUAGUCAAUGAAUGGAUGAAGACAAAACGCAUUGAGGCGUACAUCUGUCGGACCUUUAAAACGGUGAAUGAUGAGGAUGGCUUGCCUCUAUAUACAAUCCACCUGGCUAGUGUGGAGACAUCAUCCAAGCCUCCUAUUACAAUGGAUAAGGAGAAGUUCAAAAACGCGUACUUCCAAGUGACGCGCGGCGACUAUUCUCCGCUACUGCAACUAGUGAACCAACAUCUCAGUUCAGCGAUGAACUACGCAGCCAACGACAACGAGAAGAAUAUGAUCAAACAUUACAUCAACAGCUUCAAGGAUGGUGAUUUGGACGAACAUAAAGAAGGAAGCAGAUUUUGGAUAAAAGAUAAGGGACCUAUAAUUGAAACUUACCAGGGCUUCAUAGAAACCUACCGCGACCCGAGCGGCCAGCGCGGCGAGUUCGAAGGGUUCGUCUCUAUGGUGAACAAGGAGAUGUCGAAGAAGUUCGGGAACCUCGUGGACGGCGCGGAGCGGUUCAUCAAGCUGCUGCCCUGGGGUGAAGCGCUAGAGAAGGACACCUUCCUUCGGCCCGACUUCACGAGCUUGGAUGUGCUUACCUUCUCUGGAAGUGGCAUACCGGCUGGCAUUAACAUUCCUAACUACGAUGAGAUUCGCCAAAACGAGGGCUUCAAGAAUGUGUCGCUGGGUAACGUGAUCCCGGCUGCGUACAAGGAGUCAGUCAUUCCAUUCCUCUCGGACGCUGAUAAGAAACUGCUCGAGAAAUAUAGGGUAGCAUCUUUCGAGGUACAAGUGGGUCUUCACGAGCUGCUAGGUCACGGCAGCGGUAAACUACUGCGGCAGAACGCUGACGGCUCCUUCAAUUUCGACAAGGAGAAGGUCAUUAAUCCUCUUUCUGGAAAGCAUAUCGAGUCAUGGUACACGGAAGGUGAGACCUACGACAGCAAGUUCACGACCCUGGGCUCUGCCUUUGAAGAGUGUCGAGCGGAAGCCGUCGGUCUAUACCUCUCGCUGGUGCCGGAGAUACUCAAAAUCUUCGGGUACGAGGGCGAGGAGGCACAGAAUGUGGUGUACGUAAACUGGCUCAGUCUGCUGUGGAACGGAUGCGCCAAGGCUACGGAGAUGUACCAGCCUUCCACUCAGACUUGGUUGCAGGCGCACGCGCGAGCCCGCUUCGUGUUAAUGCGACUUCUAGAGUUGGAAGGAGACGGUCUGUUGACAGUGUCUGAAGUGGAACCAGGCAAGAAUCUGCUCAUGACGCUGCAGAAAGACCGGCUUGCUACCGACGGCAAACGAAUUAUUGGCGACUUCCUAAUAAAGCUGCAGACUAUCAAGGCGACGGGCGACGUAGCGGCGGGUGAGCGCCUCUUCGACACGUACAGCCGCGUGGAUGGAGCGUGGGCGCGCUGGCGAGACAUCGUGCUUUUGCACAAACAGCCACGGAACAUCUUCGUUCAGGCCAAUACUAAACACACUGGUGAUACUGUGGAACUGAAGCGGUACCCAGCAAGUGCAGAAGGCAUGGUCGCGUCGCUGGUCGACCGCUUCCCCUCGACGGACGUGGAUGACAUCCUCGAACGGCUCGCUGAAGAGGACAAAAAACACUUCGUCGACCUAGAGCCACUGCUUGUGUAAUUAUAAUAAUCAUAAGUGUAUGCGUUACGUACAAGUGAAUACGUAUGAACUGGUCCGGAACUGAUAAUAAAUGCAUUUUAAUAAUGUU